AUGUCGUCUUCGCCACCAUGUCUCGACAUCCAUCACGCGACCAAGGCCGUAAUUGAGUGGCCGUCGGAAGGCACGACGCGUGUCCUGGCCAAUGCCGACCACCCCAAAGUCAGCUCUUUGACGCUCAUGACGCGAUUCGAGAAGACAUGCGCUUUCUUCGAACUCGACAUUCCUGUCAAGCUUAAAGGAAUCGAUCACACAUCUAUUACCCUUCGAGCCUGUGCCUCCUCCAUAGUCUCGUUAGACCUCGUCACGAACCCGGCGGUUACAAACGCGGUACAGAAGGAAUUUGACUCUGUUGUUCUCCAACUUGACUUCACCGUGAACCGCUGUCUGGACGUUCUUCUUCCUAAUGCCGCGUCUGAGCCGCUGUCACCAGCUCGAGCGCGGUCAGGCGUAGUGCUUGAUGCUGUGCGUGAUCUCUGCCAGGCCACCACUUUCUCCAUAUAUGUCGAGGCGCGUGAGGCACCUCCCAGUCCUGGGUUUCAGGCUAUCAGCGAUGCAGCCAAAGAGGGUCUGUUCAAGUCAUUUCGCAGCAGCCAGUUCCAGCUUGCUAGCAUGUACAGCGGAUCAGGAGCCAAGCUUGUGAAUCUCACUGUCGAUACCUCACUUCCACCACCGUCAUAUGAUGAAGUCGAUGCGCCCCCGCCACCUCCACCGAUCGACUAUAAUAAUAAACGAAAACGCCCUCGACAAGAUAGCCAAACUGAACCCGAGACCGACAUUGCUCUUGUAUGGAUCGAGUUAAAAAACAUGAAAGCCACAAUAGCUCUAGGCGAGAAGAGGAUUGAAGUCCUGGAGGCAGAGAAUAAAAAGCUGAGACAAGAGAACGAGGAGCUAUGUCAAGGCAUGAAUGAGCUCCGAGGGCGAUGCACUGCUUUUGAGACGUCUCAAAAAGACUUGACGCAUAGUUUUGAAGUUCUAGAGACGGAUACAGAGAAGUUCAAGGAGACGGCGACUGAGGACUUAUUGGACACAUAUGACAAUGAGUUGAUGGAACUACGUGAAGAUGUACGCGCGAUGGAGGAGGCUGUCAAGUUCAUCCAGGAAGGCCAUGUUAGUGAUGAGUCUGUUAAGAAGAUAAAGGAUGCUGUCGUUCAGGAUAUCACGACGCGUCUGACAGCUGAUUGA